AUGGUCAUACUGACAUCCACUAAUUUUAAGUCCAAGAGAAAAGCAACAUCUAGAACAGUUAGCUUGAAGAAAACUGAUUUGAGCAAAGCCAACAAGUCUCAUGGGCUGACAAAAGUGAUUUCUGAAGAAUCUAUAAGCAGCAAGAAAAGGAAAGCAGGAGAGCUAAAUUUGUGGACACGUGAUUCAUUGAAGACUACACAGGGAAAACCCGAUAGUUUCAUUGAGAAGUUCAAUCCAACAAUUCCUUUAACCAAGCCAGAAGAUUGGUUUUCUCCCCGGUCCCCAAGGGAGCUUGAUGCAGCUGCAAUCAAGCUGCAGAAAGUUUACAAGAGUUACCAAACUAGACGAAACAUUGCAGAUUGCUCUGUGGUUGCUGAGGACCUAUGGUGGCAGGCAUUAGACUUUGCUGCUCUUAGGCGAAGCUCUGUGUCCUUCUUUGGCUCUGGUAAAUCAGAAACUGCAGUUUCAAGAUGGGCAAGGGCUAGAACAAGGGCUGCCAAGGUUGGGAAGGGUUUGUCCACGGAUGAGAAGGCUCCGAAAUUAGCUCUAAGAUAUUGGCUUGAGGCUAUUGAUCCGCCCCAUCGUUAUGGACAAAAUCUGCACUUGUAUUAUGAUGUUUGGUUUAGUAGUGGGAGCUUUCAACCUUUCUUCUACUGGUUGGAUGUUGGAGAUGGCAAAGAAGUAAAUCUUGACAAGUGCCCAAGAACUGAUCUGCAGGGUCAAUGCAUCAAGUACCUUGGACCAAAAGAGAGGGAAGCUUAUGAAGUGAUUGUGGAAAGUGGGAAGCUUGUGUACAGACAAAGUAGGAAACUUGUGAAUACUGCUGAGGGUUGUAAAUGGAUCUUUGUCCUCAGCACAUCAAGGAAAAUGUAUGUUGGGGAGAAGAAGAAAGGCCUUUUCCAGCACUCUACUUUUCUAGCUGGAGGUGCCACAAUUGCAGCAGGGAGAAUUGUUGCCUUUAAUGGGGUUCUGGAGGCAGUAUGGUCCUACAGCGGUCACUACCGCCCGACGGAAGAGAAUUUUAUGGAGUUCAUUAGCUUCUUAGAGGAGCAUCAGGUGGACUUAACAGAUGUUAAAAAAUAUCCUAUAGAUGAUGAUGUUCCACCUUCUUAUGCUCCCAAGAAAGAGAUGAAGUCAGAUAUCACGUCUGCUAAUGUUGAUGUUGUUUGUAUUGAUCCGCCCCAUCGUUAUGGACAAAAUCUGCACUUGUAUUAUGAUGUUUGGUUUAGUAGUGGGAGCUUUCAACCUUUCUUCUACUGGUUGGAUGUUGGAGAUGGCAAAGAAGUAAAUCUUGACAAGUGCCCAAGAACUGAUCUGCAGGGUCAAUGCAUCAAGUACCUUGGACCAAAAGAGAGGGAAGCUUAUGAAGUGAUUGUGGAAAGUGGGAAGCUUGUGUACAGACAAAGUAGGAAACUUGUGAAUACUGCUGAGGGUUGUAAAUGGAUCUUUGUCCUCAGCACAUCAAGGAAAAUGUAUGUUGGGGAGAAGAAGAAAGGCCUUUUCCAGCACUCUACUUUUCUAGCUGGAGGUGCCACAAUUGCAGCAGGGAGAAUUGUUGCCUUUAAUGGGGUUCUGGAGGCAGUAUGGUCCUACAGCGGUCACUACCGCCCGACGGAAGAGAAUUUUAUGGAGUUCAUUAGCUUCUUAGAGGAGCAUCAGGUGGACUUAACAGAUGUUAAAAAAUAUCCUAUAGAUGAUGAUGUUCCACCUUCUUAUGCUCCCAAGAAAGAGAUGAAGUCAGAUAUCACGUCUGCUAAUGUUGAUGUUGUUUGUUAUCCUUACCAAAGAUUGAGGGCUCGUUUGAGAGUGCUUAUAGAAGGGCUAAAAGCGCUUUCUGACAACUGA